GUCAGUUUCAUUACAGUUACGCGAGUAGUUAGCUUGCUAGAUAUUCUCUUUUCUGAACACAUUGAUUUAGUGUCAGGUCGAGCAAGAAAACUUUUAGGAUAGGAGGCUAAAUGGCAGACGUUGGAACGUGUGUCAUUCAUUAAAGUGAACAUUUCAAGUCAACAAGUCAGCUGAAGAUGGCCAGCAGGAAUGCCAGUGAGAGCACCCCUCUUUUGGACAGCAGCUCUGUGACUGUGAACAGGCCUGUGUCAGUGUUCCAGGGCAGAAGACUGGCAUGUGCGACUAUUCUGCUGGCAGAGUCAUUGGAACGAGUGGCAUUCUAUGGCAUCACUUCCAACCUGGUCCUUUUCCUCAACAGUAGCCCAUUUUAUUGGGAGGGAACUCAGGCCAGCCAGGCACCACUGAUGUUCAUGGGGGUUACAUACCUGAUCUCACCAUUUGGUGGCUGGCUGGCUGAUGCAUAUCUGGGAAAGUUCUGGACAAUUGCUGGCAGUUUGAUCCUGUACUUUCUUGGCAUACUGUUUUUCCCAUUUAUCGCAAGUACAGACUCCCAGAAUACCCUAUGUGGUGAUGAAAUGGCAUUUCCAGUGCAACCGGCUGAGUGUUUGAGCACAAACAGUACCCUUCCAAGCAAUGUGACCUGCCCCACACGGGCACCUUACUGCGGGCCAGUGAUCUACACUGCCCUUGUUCUCAUUGCCCUUGGUGUGGGAACAGUGAAAUCCAACAUCACUCCAUUUGGGGCAGACCAGGUAAAAGAUCGUGGCCCAGAGGCCACUCGCAGGUUCUUCAACUGGUUCUACUGGUGCAUCAACCUAGGGGCCAUCUUGUCCCUAGGUGGCGUGGCUUACAUCCAGCAGAACAUCAACUUCCAGUUGGGGUACAUCAUCCCAGCCGUGUGCCUGGGUGUCUCCUUCCUGGUGUUCCUGCUGGGGCGUACAGUCUUCAUCAACAAGCCAGCUGACGGUAGUGCCUUCACUGAUAUGUUCAAGAUCCUGGGUUACGCCUUCUGCACUGCACAGCCCAAAGAGCCCAACCUGCUACGGGCUAAACCGACUAUACUGGACGGUGCCAAGGUGACAUAUGGAGGGAGAUUCCCUGAGGAGAAGGUGGAGGAGGUGAAAGCAAUGCUUAAAGUUCUCCCGGUGUUCUUUGCUCUUAUCCCAUACUGGACUGUUUACUUUCAGAUGCAGACAACAUAUUUCCUCCAGAGCCUACAUCUAAGGAUUCCUGACACCAGCACAGGCACCAACAGCAGUGACGGCACCCUCCAGAUCACAUUCCGCUUCCCUGCCGCCUGGCUGACAAUGUUCGACGCAGUGCUUAUUCUCAUGCUGAUCCCUCUUAAGGACAAAGUGGUGGACCCCAUCCUCAAACGCAGAGGCCUGCUGCCCUCCUCCCUCAAGAGGAUCGCAGUGGGGAUGUUCUUUGUCAUGUGGUCAGCUGUGGCGGCUGGUAUACUGGAGACAAAACGACUUGAGAUCAUCAAAUCUAAUGGCACCAUCGACCAGGUCUUUGGCGACGUCAUCUACUACGCAGCAGAUCUGCCCAUAUGGUGGCAGGUGCCCCAGUAUGUGCUCAUCGGAAUCAGCGAAAUCUUUGCCAGCAUCGCAGGUCUGGAAUUUGCCUACUCAGCCGCCCCCAGGUCCAUGCAGAGUGCCAUCAUGGGACUGUUCUUCUUCUUCUCUGGGAUUGGUUCCUUCGUGGGCUCCGGCCUACUGGCCAUCGUCUCCCUCAAGGGGAUUGGCUGGAUGUCCUCCCACAAGGACUUUGGUAACAUCAAUGACUCCCAGCUCAACUACUACUUCUUCCUGCUAGCGGGGAUCCAGUGUGUCACCCUGCUGGUCUUCCUCAUCGUGUCGGUCAAAUAUGACAAACAGAAGAGUAGUAGAGCAGGAAGCCAAAGGCUGGGCAUCACUCCCUCUUGACCCCAGGACUGACCCAUGUCCAUCUGACUUCACCCUACCUGCCUUAGUGCAUAGUGGUUCGUGCCAAAACACCUCUGUGAUUUGGUAUGGGAUAGAGUUUUUAUUUUAUUUUUCCUCAAUGAGUUUUAAGACUAUUACAUUUUAAGGCAAAAAAAAUAAGUUUGGACACACCUACUCAUUCAAGGUUUUUCUUUAUUUUUUACUAUUUUCAACUUUGUAGAAUAGAAUAGUGAAGACAUCCAAACUACAAAUAAAUAAUUUCAUUGAGUAACCAAACAAGUGUUUAAACAAAUAUUUUAGAUCCUUCAAAGUAGCCACCCUUCGCCUUGAUGACAGCUUUGCACACACUUGGCAUUCUCUCAACCAGCUUCACCUGGAAUGCUUUUUCAA